CCCUUCCCAAUUUCCCAUCGAUCCCCUGAUUCUCGAACCCGCAACUCCCGUCGUCGUUGUCCUCUCCUCCCCUCCCUCCCGCCUCCGCUUUCCCAUCCGCAGCGCGACCCGGAGCUCGGCGAGAGAGACCUCCCCUCCUCCAUCCUCGCGCGCAAGCGGCGCGGCGCGGAGUCAGCCCGGAGAGAAGGCCUCUUCUCCUUCCCCGACCCGACCCUAGCUCCUUUCCUACCCCCCCCCCUCCCUGUGCGGCGCCCCUGGCCGGCGAGAAGGCUUCGUCGGUGCGACCGUCUUCGUUCGAAUCGGACUGAAGGUUUGUUAUACUCUUGCUGCUGAUGGAUCAUGAUAGAUCUAGAAGGCAUAAUUUGAGUACUUCCAGAAAAAGGCCACAUUCCAAUUCUGAUGACAGAAAGAGGAAACGGCUGAACACAAAGCAUGAUGAUGGAUCCAUGUCUUCUCAGCCAACAGAAACCAUAUACCGGAUACUGUGUCCGGUUAAAAAGAUUGGCAGUGUCCUCGGAAGAGGUGGUGACGUUGUGAAGGCACUUAGAGAUGAAACUAAAGCAAAGAUAAGGGUUGCUGAUUCCAUUCCUGGUGCAGAUGAGAGAGUAAUUAUUAUCUUUAAUUACCCAAGUCAGAGUGAAGAUGAUGAAGCUGCUCAAAAUAUUUCUACUGAUGGCUUUCAGAACAUGAAGCCUCAUUGUUUUGCCCAAGAUGCACUCUUGAAGAUACAUGACAAAAUUGCAGAAGAUGAAGAUCUCCAUGGUGGAAUUGACCAUGAAAAGUCUGAAACCGUUGAUGGUGUAACUGCUCGAAUUUUGGUUCCAGGAAAUCAGGUUGGCUGUCUGCUAGGAAAAGGUGGCUCCAUUAUACAACAGCUACGAAAUGAAACUGGUGCAGGGAUCCGUGUCUUACCAUCUGAAAAUCUUCCCCAGUGUGCACUUAAAAGUGAUGAACUGGUGCAGAUAUCUGGGGCACCUUCUCUUGUAAGAAAAGCUCUCUAUGAAAUAUCUACUCGUCUGCAUCAACAUCCUCGUAAAGACAAUCCACCUCUUGAAGAAAUUAUAGAUGCGAGCACACAAAGGAAACAUCAGUCUCCACCACAACUACCACAUGCAAAUCCAAUGUUGCCACACCUACAUGUGGAUCACUCACCACAAAUACCCUUGCUUGAUCCAUAUAGAAACGGGCCCCUGCGGUAUCAUGCCGGUGAAGCUGAAGAGUUUUCUAUUAAAAUCCUGUGUGCUUCUGAACACAUUGGUCAAGUUAUUGGGAAAAGUGGUGGCAAUGUUCGACAAGUUGAGCAGCAGACAGGUGCUCGCAUUCAGGUUAAAGAAGUUGGCAAAAAUGCUUCUGGAGAAAGGUUAAUUGUUGUUUCAUCUCAGGAGAUUCCAGAUGAUCCAGUAUCUCCAACAAUUGAGGCACUUAUUUUGCUCCAUAGUAAAGUAAGUGCACCUGCUGAGAAUCGACAUUUGACAACAAGGCUUGUUGUACCAUCAAACAAAGUUGGUUGUAUUCUUGGGGAAGGUGGAAAGGUAAUUACUGAAAUGAGAAGGCGAACUGGGGCUGAGAUCCGAGUUUACUCGAAAGCAGAUAAACCUAAGUACUUGUCUUUUGAUGAGGAGCUUGUUCAGGUUGCUGGGCUUCCAGCUAUUGCAAGAGGAGCCCUCACAGAGAUUGCUUCGAGGCUUAGAACUAGGACACUCAGAGAUGGAAGUUCUUCCAAUAAUCCUCCACCUUUUGCCCCUUUUGAUGGUCCUCCUGUUGAUGUCUUGCCUAGCAGGGAAUUCAUGCUAUACAGACAAUCUGCCAAUAAUCCCCCAUAUGGUGGACCUGCUAAUGAUCCACCAUAUGGAAGACCUGCUAAUGAUCCACCAUAUGGAAGACCUGCUAAUGAUCCACCAUAUGGAAGAACUGCCAUUGAUCCACCAUAUGGAAGACCAGCCAUUGAUCCACCAUAUGGAAGACGUGCCAAUGAUCCACCAUAUAGAAGACCUGCCAAUGAUACACCAUAUGGAGGGUUGAACAAUGAUGCACCUCAUGAUCAUUACACCACGUAUCCUGUAGAGUACUUCUCUAAAAGAGAGUACCCUAGUGGAAGUAGCAAAGUUACACCAUCCGCCUCAUAUGACAGAUAUGCAGCACCUUCUCGCUUGCCUAAUAGAGAACUGCCCUCAUCUGGUAGUCCCGGUGCCAAUUAUAUGUCCCACCGUUCUUAUUUUGACCAUGUACCUAUUGAUAGGUACUCUAGUAGGGGUACACUACAAUUAAACCCCUUGAGAGCUGAGAAUAGUAAUUUGCAACAAUUAGGAAUCACCAGAGCUGGCAAUUCCAAUGCUUAUGACUAUACCGAGGCUGCUGAGCAGAUACAUGGGCGUGAGGAUUACCGAAGACUGACAGGUUUCACUGGGUACCCAGGUGGCUCUGUCGAAUUGAGGAUUCCAAAUAGUUAUCUGGAGACUGUUAUUGGAGUUGGUGGUGCCAAUCUAGCUGAGAUCCGUCAGAUCUCAGGCGCAAGAGUGAAGUUACUCGAAACUCAUCCUGCUUCUUCUGAGUCCAUUGUGGAGAUCCAGGGUGUGCCGGAUCAAGUGAAAGCUGCACAGAGCCUUCUGCAAGGUUUCAUUGGCGCCAGCGGCAACAGCAGGCAGGCGCCCCAGUCUUCUCGCAUGGGCCAUUAUUUUUAAGCUGGAUCUAGGCUUCUACUGUGGGUUUUCAGAGAAGAAAAAAAGGCCCUCUCUUGUGGCAGAGGGCAUCGCAAUGGGGGUCACUGCAUGUCCGGUCUUCUCCUUCAACACAACUGCAGAUUGAUCGAUGCCGUAGUUGCCAGAAGGGUACAUAGUUGCCACAUAACUGUAGUGAUCAACAUAACCUUAGAUUGUGUUUAUCGCCUAUUUGUACUGCCAAUGUUUUCUACUCUUCUUUUUUUUCAUCCUUAUGAUCGCUGGAUGGGCGUUAUGAUUGCGAUUUGAUUACUUGUAGUGCUUCAUGAAUUCAGGCUGGAGUAGAAAACGAAAUUGUGUGAUACAGUAAGCUCAAAAUUGUCACUGUAUUACAAAAAAUGAUAUUUCCAACGAUGCAUUGGACACUGCAGAUUUAGGCCAUCA